CAAGCAGUGCCUUCCUGCCACUCAGUGUCCAUAAUCCCGCUGGAAGGGACCGGGGCCGUGGAGUGCCGCACCUCGGUGAUGCCCCAGGACCUGGGUGAAUGGCGUGGUCGCCCUUUGCUCCUGAAGACGCCGGGCGCCAUCCACUUCCUUGAAACAGAUGAAGAGAACUGGACUGAACCAGAAGCCGAUGGACUAAUGUACCUGUUUUCGGACGGGCCGGAAUGCCCAUUCUCGCAGGCAAGAGCAACUGGGAAGACCUUUCUGAAGUACAGCAUCCUCAAGAAAAAGCUGGGCGAGUUAAAUGAUGAUCGUGGAAUGUAUGUUGGCCUAAGGAAGCGACGCGUUUCCAACACUUUUGAAGUAUCGUGGCAGACAUCUAAUUUUAUCCCCCCCUAUGAACAGCUUCUCUACAACCAAUCAGUACUCCAGAACUCGGUGCUUCAGGACACGGAACCAGAAGGUUAUUUUUUCAUAAUGAAAAAGGAAAAUUCUCAGAUUGUCUUUAAACCCGCAGCUGACAUGGAUUACAAAACGCUAUGCUUCUCUAACAGACUUAAGCUGCGUUGGGCUUAAAUACCCUUGCCUGAUAAGCCAAUUACGCGAUACGUUGUAGGCUAACACAGAUUUACCCAUAUGUCAUCACAGGUUCACUAUUACUAGCAUCUAAAGCACUCCAAUAAGUGUGUGUGUGUUUCCGCGUGUAAUUAG